AGCUACUCAGAAGAGCCAAAACAGGAAGGGGGUUGCAAAUCAGUGUGCAAAGGGGAGGAUCGAAGGUUCCCCUCCCCCCUCUCCUCCAGUCCCCUGACAGCCUCAUCCUCCACUGUCCUCACCGCUUGUGUCUCCGGGUUUUGGUUGUUUUUUGUUGAUGUUUCCUUUUUCCCUCUCUUUCUAAUUUUUUUUUUUUUUUUUUUUUUUUUAACUGCGCUGUCAAAGACGAUUACCCAGGCGCCGUGAGAGCGGAUAGCCAGGGGAGAGCAGGGCAGCGCGCUUGGUGCCCCGGGCGGGCCGCUUGGCAUCCGGCGAGGCGGCUCCCGCAUCCCGGACAGCGGCUCCAGCACCGCGGACAGCGGCUCCAGCCCCGGACAGCGGCUCCAGCCCCGCGGACAUCGCUCGACACCAACAUGGCUCCAAUAGCGGACAGCAGCCAGCAGUUCGAUGAAAUUCCUACAGUGGUUGGGAUCUUUAGUGCAUUUGGCCUUGUCUUCUCUGUCUCCCUCUUUGCUUGGAUCUGCUGCCAACGCAAAUCUUCCAAGUCCAAUAAGACCCCUCCAUACAAGUUUGUCCAUGUUCUGAAGGGGGUUGAUAUUUACCCUGAGAAUCUCAACAGCAAGAAGAAGUUUGGAGCAGAUGAUAAAAGUGAAACAAAGAACAAAUUAGCAAUGCCAAAGAAUUCUCUCCAUCUUGACCUGGAGAAGAGAGAUCUAAAUGGCAAUUUCCCCAAAGCAACCACAAAAAUGCAAGGCUUUCCAGAUCUUGAAAAUUCAUCUCCUAAGCAAUUUGCAGAAAGGAAGAAAGAUUCAGUAUCCCCUGAUAGCUUAAAAUCCAUCACUUCACUGUCAUCUGAAGAUAAACAAGACAAGCUAGGAACUCUUUUUUUCUCCUUAGAGUACAACUUUGAGAAAAAAGCAUUUGUAGUGAACAUCAAAGAAGCUCGUGGGCUGCCAGCAAUGGAUGAACAGUCAAUGACUUCUGAUCCCUACAUCAAAAUGACAAUCCUGCCUGAGAAAAAGCACAAGGUGAAAACCAGAGUGCUGAGAAAAACCUUAGAUCCAGCUUUUGAUGAGACUUUCACAUUUUAUGGGAUCCCCUACAGCCAAAUUCAAGACUUAACACUUCACUUCAUGGUCUUGAGCUUCGACAGGUUUUCCAGAGAUGAUGUCAUUGGAGAAGUCCUCAUCCCCCUUGCUGGAACUGAACUCUCAGAAGGAAGGCUGCUAAUGGACAGAGAGAUCAUCAAAAGAAAUGUUAGGAAAUCAUCUGGUCGUGGAGAAUUGCUGGUCUCUCUGUGUUAUCAAUCUACAACAAACACACUCACUGUCGUUGUUCUAAAAGCCAGGCAUCUACCUAAGUCUGAUGUGUCAGGAUUAUCAGACCCUUAUGUCAAAGUGAACUUGUACCAUGCCAAGAAGAGAAUUUCUAAAAAGAAAACCCACGUGAAGAAGUGCACCCCCAAUGCUGUGUUCAAUGAAUUGUUUGUCUUUGACAUUCCUUGUGAGGGCCUUGAUGAUAUCAGCAUUGAAUUUCUGGUUUUAGAUUCAGAUAGGGGGUCAAGGAAUGAGGUGAUUGGCCGGUUAACCUUGGGAUCUUCAGCAGAAGGAACAGGUGGAGAGCACUGGAAAGAAAUUUGUGAAUAUCCUAGAAGACAAAUUGCCAAAUGGCAUAUGUUAUGCGAUGGUUAGCAGCUUAGAGAGGGGCUGGAUCUUAAAUAACUAUAUAUAUUUCCAUAGUCAAGGAGAAGGGUUUUUUUUGUUGAUGUUGUUAUUUUUUGCUAUGUAUAAUUACAAGCUUUUAACUACAAGAUUUUUUUUUUUUUUUUUUCCCCAAGGGGGCAGAGGUUUUGAAAAAAAUUGGAUCGAAUUAUUAGAACAGAAGGUAACUUAAUUUUCACAGUAAAUAACGGAAUUUCUAUUUCAUUAAACUUUAACAUAAUUAGUUCAGAUUAAUAUUCUUCUAGAGUUUAAGUGGCCUGUAAAUUCUCAAGCACUGAAAACCUCAAGAAGAGCAAACUAUGUUUUGAAAGAGUCACUUAUUAGUGACUCAUAUAUGGAAGAUAACCUUAUUACAAAAUAUCAAAAAAAGACCCAACCUGUGGCUUAUUAGAGAAGGGGAUGGAUCUAUAAAAGCCAUGGGGAUUGAGGGUGAGUAGGGGGGGAAUUCCUUCUGCCCCUCCACCAAAAACCUUCUUUUAUGAAAAAUUAAUCAUUAUUUGUAAGUGUUGGUUACUUAUACUUUGAUCAUCCCAAAGAAUGAAAAUGUUUUCAGCAUUUUGCUCUACAUAUCACGUUGUGUGAACUAUUUUUUAAAGCAUCGAAAUGUUAUGGAAUUACUUACACUUGGAUUUUUUUAGUAAGUUUAUAUAUAUGACUUGUUUUAUUACAGUGACCAAAAUAGAUACAUACUUCAAGCUAAUGAUCAAAUUAUCAUACUUUUUUUUUAUUAAAAGGGCUCCUUUACGGGUGACUGUACAUGUUACAGUGUAGCUAGAAUUUGGGGUUAGAUAUGGCUUGCAUUUUUUUCCUCUAGGUAGGAUUACACUUUAAACAUUUCAAGCCAUACAAAAUAAUUUCUGUUGAGAUGAGAUCACAUACAGGAUAUUACAAUCAAUUACUUUUCACCAAUUAUAUUUUAACAAUUCACUAGUACUAAAAAAGUUGAUUUUUUAAAUAGUUUCAUUAAAGAAUAAACAAAAUAGUGACACAAAGAAAAACUUAUUCUGCUGUUUAACUUCCAGUGUUUAACCUCCUGGGCUGUAACAAAUGCCAUUACAGAAGUACCAAUAUACAAACUUCAGUGCAUUUUUAAAAUUUUGCAGGAGAGGAAAUCAAAUUCACUUUAUAAUUUCUCCAAUAUUAUGUAUAAAAAGUACUUGGAAAGUACUUUUGAUUAUAUGAAUUAAUGUACGUUACUGACUGUACUGAAAAUGGUUGGUGGUAAGCAAAAAUAUCCUGAUUUUAUGUCAGUGUGACACAUCUAUUUAAACUUAAAUUGUGUCCGGCUGAGGAAAUAUCAAGUGUAACAAUAACAAGUGUAUAAAUAAAGCAUUUAGACCUGUGAAAUUUUGUCUUGGUCACACCAAAUAGGUUUUUAGACUGUCAGAACUAUAGCACAACUACAAGCAGAUUUUUUCCUUAAGUUUGUGCACUAACUUCUGAUACAGAAUUGCUUGCAAGUAUUAGUCCUACUUAAUUUUCAAGUACAAUAUGAAUAAAGAAGAUGAUAGUGAUGUUAGUUGUUGACAUAAGAAGGGUUAAAAAAAAAUGUAAACCAUUUUCAGUAUUUUUGCAUACAUCAUUUGUCACGUGUAAUCCCAUUGAAGAGAAUUAGAUUACUUGGGAAUUAAGGUACUGCUCAUUGUGAGUAAAGGUAGCAAAAUGGGCAUGCCAGGUUAGACCACACCAAACAUACAUUGAAUGUCAAUCUACUUUCAUUAAACAACAGACCUAGGUCCUACUUAAAACUGUUGGGGAUUUGUUGUCUACUUUACCUGUUCUCAUAUGGCCAAAUUAUGUUUGCAGGAAAGGACACUGAAAUAUGAAAUAUGCAAGUAGACAAAUAGUACUGGAAGAAUUCCAUUGAAGCUCUUCCAGGUUUUGUGUCAGUAUUUUCUCCAGUUUUUGAGAAUGUGUUUGAUACAACAGUGUUUAUAGAUUUCUGUAAAAAUACAUUUUCAAAAUAACAUAAACAUGCUUUUUAUGAUAAUGCUAAAUGUAAAAAUAUUGCGUAUUGUAUGUAUAAAGGAGAGGAAUCUUUUUUGAUUAUUUCUUUAGAAAGCUGAUUAACUACUUAAGGGCUAGAGUUUGCCAGCCACAUUCAAGCAGAGCUAAUCCAAAGCCACCAAAUGAAACAAAAGAUGCCCACAGUCUUCAACGGAGCUUGAAGCACAAUGACAGAGCAAAACUCUUCUGAGUCAACCCAGAAAUGUCACCAAGACCAUGGAUAUGGGGAAGCAUUGUUUUAUACAAUGGAGACUGGGAGAGUUUAGGUCAGUAUAACAAAAUCAGAGUUGUUACAAUUUCUGAAGAGGAAAGAACUGAGCUGGAAAUGAUUGCAUCAAGGAGAGUGGGGCAUCUUGCAAUUAUAAAAGAUGGAGGUUUCUGUAUGCUGGCCCAUAAGUAGUUCAUUAUCUCUAAAAAUCAGAUGACAGGCAUCAUCUGUCUCCAAAAUAUGACAUUAGGGGAUAACAAUUCAUCUUUUUGAAUUAAUGCUGGGCUGUGAUAAUCAUCUUUCAUUUUGCAUCCAGCAAGUCGUCACCAAUGUGUUUUGGUUGGGGCUUUUUUUUUUUUUUUUUUUUUUUUUUUUUUUUUUUUUUUUUUUUUUUU